ACUAGAAAAUAAAUAUAUUGUGUCCAUUCUGAUAGAAGGAAAUUAAUCUAUAGCUAGGUGUAGUAUUUACAAUUCACAGUAAAAAUCUGCAAAUAUACCUCUCGUGAAGAAGUGUAAAUAAACCAAUAUUAAACAGUUAAUCCUUUCAACAGUAUUUUCCUGUUAACAUUUAAAAUAACAGCUUUUUGCUGUAUUUACAAAAAUGGUAGAAAACUAUAAAUUUCAGCAACAGCAAUAUACCGUUAAUUUUACAGGAACUUCCUGGCUACCCUACUGCCAGUUGUUUACCGAUUUUUUUAACAGGGGAAUUUCAAAGAGUAAGGUGACAGAAGUUUAAGUGAUAACUGCUGACAGGCUGUUAUUUAACAUUCAGGGGGCAGUGAUGAAAAGUCUAAAUCCUAAAGAAUAACACUUUAAAAUGAUAGAACUUAAGGAAAAUCUGAAAUAUACAACUGAAACAAUAUGAUUCCCCCCCAACAUGUUUCUUGAACCCUUUAUGUAUCCUUUGAACCACUGGUGGGAUCUAGAUGACCGACUUUAGGACACCUUCAGACAAAAGUGCACUUUGAUAGCUUUAAGUAAAUUGUUGAAACGAUUUCAUGCUUCAUUAUUCGACUGAAUGUAAUAUAAAGUCUCAAAUAUAAAGCAGCAUCAGUGUGUUAUUAAAUGACCACUUGACUAGAGCGCACAAUGGCAGUUUUAAGCGUAGAGGCUGUUGCAGACUGACAGCAGAAGCAGCUGCAGCAGCGGUGCACGGACAGGGUGUUUCAGCACUUGAGAGUGAUUCUGUGUGGGAGGAGGAUGGGUGUGUUAGAGAGUAUCCAGCCUCUUCUCUUCACACGCUCUGCUGUGCGCUCAGACUGAAGACAAAGCGCGGAGAGGAGUCAGCCUAUCCAUGUGACGCGCAACAGUCCUCUCACAUCCUGUCCUGGUUUUUGUUUUUAUCUUAUCCUUUAAAAAAAAAAAAAAAAAUUACGUUGAAUGGACAAUUGGACAGUGCUCCCCCCUCCUCUCCAGCUUCAACAUCUGUGAAGUGGCUUCCUCUCCCGGUCACCCCGGAGGCCGUCUGGUCUCCGAUCUGGUCUCUCGAGUCCCCGGAGAUUCGGCGCGCUCUGUCAGGACCAGGCUGUGCGGCUCCCGGAUCAGACCCGAGCCACUCCAAGACCUGACGAUGGAGCUCAUGGAGGGAGACGUUGUGGACAAGCUCGAAGACAUGUCAUCGGUGUACGACUUCGACCCGAUCACCGGAAACAUCCCCGCCACCAAAGUGGAAAUCACCGUGUCGUGCAGAAACCUGCUGGAUAAAGACACAUUCUCCAAAUCAGACCCAUUGUGCGUGCUCUACACGCAAGGUGUUGAAACCAAACAGUGGCGGGAGUUUGGAAGAACAGAGGUGAUAGACAACACCCUUAACCCUGACUUUGUACGAAAGUACAUCUUGGACUACUUUUUUGAGGAGAAACAAAGCCUACGCUUUGACUUAUAUGAUGUGGACUCCAAAAGCCCCGACCUGUCCAAACACGACUUCUUGGGUCAGACGUUCUGCACUCUCGGGGAGAUUGUUGGAUCACCAGCCAGUCGACUGGAGAAAUCACUGGGAGGGAUCCCAGGGAAGAAGUGCGGCACUAUCAUCCUGUCUGCUGAGGAGCUGAGCAAUUGUCGAGACAGCGCCACCAUGCAGUUCUGUGCCAACAAGCUGGACAAGAAGGACUUCUUUGGAAAGUCAGACCCCUUCAUGGUCUUCUACAGAAGCAACGAAGAUGGAACGUUUACUAUCUGCCAUAAAACAGAGGUGGUGAAGAACACAUUAAAUCCAGUGUGGCAGCCUUUCACUAUCCCAGUACGAGCGCUCUGCAACGGAGACUACGACAGAACAAUCAAGGUGGAGGUGUAUGAUUGGGACAGGGACGGCAGCCACGACUUCAUUGGGGAUUUCACAACCAGCUACCGAGAGCUAGCUCGAGGGCAAAGCCAGUUCAAUGUAUACGAGGUGAUUAAUACGAAGAAGAAAAUGAAGAAGAAGAAAUAUGUCAACUCUGGAACAGUGACCCUGCUCUCGUUCUCAGUGGAGUCAGAGUUCACGUUUUUAGAUUACAUCAAAGGAGGGACGCAGAUCAAUUUCACUGUGGCCAUCGAUUUUACAGCAUCUAAUGGUAACCCCUCACAGUCCACCUCUCUGCACUAUAUGAACCCCUACCAGCUGAACGCCUACGCCAUGGCCCUGAAGGCUGUGGGGGAGAUCAUCCAGGACUACGACAGCGACAAGAUGUUCCCCGCUCUGGGCUUUGGAGCCAAACUGCCCCCUGAUGGACAUGUAUCACAUGAGUUUCCAUUGAAUGGAAACAUUGAAAAUCCCUACUGUAAUGGUAUCGAGGGCAUUCUUGAGGCUUACCACCAAAGUCUGAAGACAGUGCAGCUGUACGGGCCGACCAACUUCGCUCCUGUGGUGAACCAUGUAGCCAGGUACGCAGCUGCAGUGCAGGACGGCUCUCAGUACUUUGUGCUCCUCAUCAUCACAGACGGUGUCAUUUCAGACAUGGCCCAGACGAAAGAGGCCAUUGUAAAUGGUGCCAAGCUUCCCAUGUCCAUCAUCAUAGUUGGAGUUGGUCAGGCUGAAUUUGACGCUAUGGUGGAGCUGGAUGGUGAUGACAUCAGGAUCUCAUCCCGGGGGAAACUGGCAGAGCGAGACAUUGUUCAGUUUGUUCCAUUCAGAGAUUAUAUGGACCGGACAGGUAACCACGUGUUAAGCAUGGCUCGGCUAGCUAAAGAUGUGCUAGCAGAGAUCCCGGACCAGUUCAUCUCUUACAUGAAGAGCAGAGGGAUCAAACCCAACCCGGCCCCACCUCCAUACACACCCCCCUGGACACACACAGAUCUGAAGCUCGCCUCUCAGCUGUUUACCGAGGAUUGUUAGUAUUCAGCAGCCAGUCAGAGUCCAAAGAGAAACUCUCUUUCUCCUGUUUCAUGAUGCAAACAGGAAACAGGAAAACAGACGGGAGAAAACAGGAGCUGACGCACCAGGCAAUGUGUGUUGAGUUUUGUGCCGUACCAUCUCAGCGACUACUGGAAUAGGUUUUUUAUUUUUCCUCAUCUGUUAUUAUCUUGGCUGAGCUUUCCAGGAUUCGUUGGUGAAAGCCUUUAAAUAAACACUGAGGCAGUGACUGUUUCAUGUCUGGUUUGACAGCAGGUUGGUUUAAAGAGGCCAUGUUGUGGUUGAAAUUUGUGCCUGUAUGUGGUUGUUUCUAUAAGUGUACCAGGACAUGAAUGUUGACCCCCAGUCUUACCCGUCAGUGUGGCCUAAUGCAGUGAUGGUUUUAGGCCCCCUUUUCCCUCCUGAAAGUAGUUUUUAUAUUUUGGAAAUAUCUUAAUAUCUUCUAAUGAAUCACUUACGAUGGAGGAAAAUGUACAAAUGUGUAGUGUACAGAAAUCAGGCUUUUCAUACUAUGAGGUGUCACAGCCUCUCAUCUUUAUGUGAAUGUUUCUUAAAGCAUGCUGUAUGAGAAUGAGAAUUGUAUCCCGGAAAAUAUAUAUAAAUAUAUUCUCGAAAGUUAUCGAGUGGCAUGGAUAUUUGAUAGAUCAGUUAUACACGAUUCAUUUGAAGUGGUCACCCAUUAUUUUAAAGUUGUUACAUAUAAAAAGCACAAGACAACCUGUCUCUAAACUGAGGGCAAUAUUUUGAAAAUGCAACCAGGUUAAUCUUAUUCAAAUCGUUUUUGUUCUGCAGCUUAAACUCAGCAUACAUUGUGGCCUAGGCUUGUUUUUUCAGAUUGCAAACAAAUGUAACCCCACCCUUCACCUGACACCCUUACAGUCUGUCCUAACAGCAUGUGACGCGAGAGAAGGUCAACAGCAAAAUCAGCUUGAUUUAAUUGUUUCCUAUUGGAGUGUCCUAACUGCCCAUGAGAGACGCAGCACAAAGUGGAAGCAGCACAAAUUUACACUUAAAAGUUUGUUCUUUGUUUGUUUAUUUAAAUUAAUGUGGUGUGCAGGACAUAGUUUUGCUAUUCAGUGCGGUAUUAAGGACCCUUCUCCUUUUAAAAAAAAAUAUGUACGAUAGUUUUAAGUAAAAUACGAUAAUUUUAAAGCUGCAGUACGAUAUUGCUGUAUUUUCCAUUUGGCAACACUGACGAGGAACGAGGAGGCUCAACCUCGCUUUCUUCAAUCAACAGAGCUUGAUAGCUUGUUGUACAACAGAGGAGAUAACGUUGCUUAAAUAAAACCCACAUUGAAAUGAAAUGGUGAGCUUUGACUUGGGUCAACAACACCGGUGAAAAACGUUUUUCUCGGAUCACCGCGAGCUGUUUAUUGGCGAGCAUCUUGAAUGUCCUGAUUGAGUCGGCAGCUCGUCAAUACAAAGCACACAUGACAUCCAUGUGUUCACCUUUUAUACAAAAGCACCAGAUGUCAUAUGGUUUGCAAAGGGGAAACUGAAAUUCACAGAGCAAAAAAUGAAAUAUUUAAGGGAUGCAGUGUGGAAAGCCAGCGUGCAAUCAUGCGCGAUGCUAUGCAACAUAUAACGCUCGCAUGCUCUUAGGACACGGUGUUAGAAGCCUGACAGUCCAACUCGGCUGAAGAGGAACCUGCACCUUGUUUAGAUAUAAAGGGUUCAAUCUGAAGAAUAGAUCCUCUCCUAUCCUACACGAUGGUCCUUUAAGGUCCCCAUUCAGGAUAAACUCCCAUCACAUAGAAUGAUAACAGCGACUGCUUAAUCAAAACCUCUGUUUUUAUAAACCACAAAAAGUAAAGGUUUUAUACUAAAUACUGAAUAUGUAAUAAUAUAAAUAGAAGCUAGACUAUGAAAGAGGACAUAAGUAAAGGAAAGAAAUAUAACAAAACAUCCAUACAUGCUAAUGCAGGUGACUAUUACUGAUGUCUUCUUGUUUAAAUUCCACUAAGGUGAAAGCACAAUAUACCGUUUGUCGUAAACAGAAAGUAAGGUUCUUCAGGGAUGACUGAUAUUGUCAUAUAUUGAGGCACAGGGGCAAGAUGUAGCUUUCAUAUUAUUUGUACAUUCUUACUUGCACUUUGGGAACAGUUAGCACUCAAAUGCAGGAACAAUGGCUGGGUAGAGCUGGGUAGUAUUGCAGAGAAUAAUAGGAGGCCUAAAUGUAAUUAUUGCCCAAAGCCCAAUUGCAGGUUAAUCUGGUUCUGAAAUGAACACCAACAUGGCGACCAAGAUACUCCCAUAGGAGCAAAGUUUAAGCCCCCAAAGACCAUGCUUGAGUAGUCAUUUAACAACCAGAAUUAGAGCUUCACACUGUAAGUCAGUUUGAUCACAGCCAGAGUUAUUCCCUGGAGAUUUACACUCUACACAGCCCUGUCUGUGUUUCAAGUCUCUGAUGGGAGACAAUUAACAAGUGUCUCCAGGGCUUUAGGAUUUAUGUUCAUUAUAUUCAAGACAGGAUUUCCUUCCUGUGUGAACACAUUAAAAAUGUAUCUAUACCAUGGGGUGAAGACGAAGACUAAAGUGCCAGUCUUACUUUUUUAGCCUUCUACAAUCAAGCAUUUAGAACCAAAACAAACUGGCUUCCAUGUAACAUAUCAAGUAAAACCUGUUACUAGAGAUUACAAAAAUGCAGAGAUCAACAUAAAAUAAAGAAAUUAAAGAGGAAAUAUGAUCAGUGUCAGGAUGGUUUGUUCAGUAAAGAAAGCAGAUAUUUACUAGGGUUAUAACCCUAGUAAGAGGAGAUUCUAAUUUUUUUAAAUUAAAGAAUUCAAAGUUGAGACUUAAAGGGAUACUUCACCCGUUGAAAUAUGAAUCUGUAU